UCAAAUUAUGAACCCAAGAAAUUCUCCGUAAAGCAACUGAAAUUAGCUUUGCCCAACACCAAUCCCAUUUCUCGAUCGUCCAUCUCCUCUUCUUCAAUCUUCCGGCUUAGCUACGGCGGUCUGUUCAUGGUGUUUCCUGGUAGCUGUUUUUUUCACCGGGGAAUCUUCAACCAGGGUAGGGCCCGGUGCGAGCUCUGAUGAUUUCGUGAUUUUGAUUAUUGGAAAAUACUACUGUAGAAUGCAUGCAAGUUAAGAUCAUCAAAGGAGACGUCGUUAGAUUGUGUUCCAGCCUGAGCAGUAAUGCUAAAAUGGAUGGAUGGUUCUCUGUUGUUACAUCAUGAUGAAAAAGAAGCUGCUAGAAGUCCUGAUGACAUUUCGGUUCGUCGUUUGAAGAAUAGGGAGAGGCAACGUAGAUAUAGAGCUCGUAAGCGUCAAGAAGCUGAUCUAAGGAAGGCGUCAAGUAUUGAUCAAUCAACACCUAUGCAUUAUCAGCAGCUGCAUACUGAGUUUCUAUCUGUACCUCUGGAAGUUGAUAUUUCAGUAAGCGGAAUUGCCCCAGAUUACUUGACCCGUAUUCAUUGUCAGAGAGAUUGGAAGAAAGAUGCCAGGACAGCCCAUAUGCACAAGAACUCAGACACAUGUCCUUUGAAUAAUGGUGGCACUGUAAUUUCAAGCGGAAGUUCAGCAACCUUUGUGGAUGGUGGCGGCCAUCAAGAAAAUCCACUAUUAAAUCCUUCAAAUACUCAAAAUUCGGAUAAUAGUGCAGCAAAUGGAUCCAGCCGAAGGCAUUGGAAAGCAGAGGCAAGAAACAAGAGAAUUUCUGAGUAAAGAAGACCAAAGAAGUGGAGCUGCAUUUUUUGUUCAAUACAGAGGAAAUACUUGUAGAAGUAUCCAGUAUCCAGUAUCCAAAGCACUUGGAUUAGAGAGGAUUACUGGUGAGUGAUGUACAAACAUUUGAUACCUUUAUAGGGUGGAGAGUUGUAGCAGAGUUAGGUUAGUGGUUUUGUUUCAUCUAUACACAUUGCUUUAGUUGGUAUAAAACCUGCAUCAUUCUCGACAGGUCAUUCGAGUAAUGUUAAUUAUAUCAAGUUCCAAUAACUAACAAAUUUAUCCAGAGUCAUGAUAAGAGUUCGCCUUCUUGCUGUUUUCA